AUGUCGUACCCCGAGCAGUUCUCUGGCUUCCAGGCCCCCAGCGCCGACAACUGGCUGGACUUCAAGAAGGGCUCGUGGAAGCCGCGUCCCUUUGGCGACUACGACGUCGACAUUGAGAUCGAGUGCUGCGGUGUCUGCGCCAGCGACAAGCACACCAUCAGCGGCGACUGGGGUGACUGCCCCUACCCCCUCGCCGUGGGCCACGAGGUCGUCGGCAAGGUCCUCCAGGUCGGCCCCAAGGUCACCCUCGCCAAGGUGGGCCAGCGCGUCGGUGUCGGUGCCCAGGUCUACUCCUGCCUCGAGUGCCGCCUCUGCAAGAACGACAAUGAAACGUACUGCAAGCACCAGAUCGACGCGUACGGCGCGCCGUACCUGGACACCGGCUACACCACCCAGGGUGGCUACUCUUCCCACACGCGCAUCCACGAGUACUGGGUGUACCCCAUCCCCGAGAAGCUGAGCAGCCCGAACGCCGCGCCCAUGCUGUGCGCCGGCAUCACCGUCUACAGCCCUCUCAAGCGCUUCGGCGCCGGGCCCGGCAAAAAGGUCGGCAUCGUCGGCGUCGGUGGUCUGGGCCACUAUGCUGUCAUCUUCGCCAAGGCCCUCGGCGCGGAGACCUGGGCCAUCUCCCGCUCGCGCAGCAAGGAGGCCGAUGCCCGGAAGAUGGGUGCCGACGGCUUCAUCGCCACCCAGGAGGCGGGCUGGGAGAAGGAGCACGAGCACACGUUCGACCUCAUUGUCAACACGGCCAGCUCCUUUGAUGGCUUCGAGCUCGGCAAGUACCUGUCCCUGCUCAACGUGCACGGCCGCUGGAACUCGGUCGGCAUGCCUGGCGAGGGCAUCACGGUGCACAACCAGGACUUUGCGGGCAACGGCUGCUUCAUCGGCAGCACGCACCUGGGCAGCCGCAAGGAGAUGCUCGAGAUGCUCCAGCUGGCGGCCGACAAGGGCAUCGAGUCGUGGGUCGAGGAGAUCCCGCUCUCCGCCGACGGUCUGAGGCAGGCCAUGGACAAGUUGGAGAAGAGCUCGGUGCGCUACAGGUCGUGCAUGGUGAGCUACGACAAGGCGUUUGCGUAA